AUGGCAUCUUCAUUCCUUCAAGGAGCCCUCCUUCAGAAAUCCACAUUUCUUGGCCAUCCCAAUACCAACUUAUUACCCAGUUCCACCCACAAAAAUGGUUCUUCUUCAUCUCCAAAACAAAUUCACAUUGUUUCAAUGGCAAAAUUCAACCCUCUUGAAAUCCUAGGAGGCAGAGGCCUUUGCAAUGGAGAAGCAGGACUUCAGGAGGAACUCAAGAAGAGUGUUACACCAUUGGAAACGGCUCCAGCAGACAACGUUAAGAAUCCAGAAACAGAAGAGGAGUCCCAAGUUUCAUCAUCAUCCACAAGUUUAAGUGUUCCGGAAGAGGGAUUUGAAAAGGAGUUACAGGGAUUAACUGGUGGAUUUCCAGGGGGAGAAAAAGGACUCCAGAAAUUCCUUAAAGAAAACCCACCGCCUCCAAAGAAAACAAAAGCACAAGCAGCAACAGCAGUUGGGUUUAACCAGAGUCUAGUCAAGAAGCCGAAGCCGCCAGAAUUCCCGAUUUUGUUGCCUGGAAUGAUAGUGAUUGUGAAGAAUCCCAACAGUCCAUAUUAUAUGUACUGUGGAAAUAUCCAGAGGAUCACUGAUGGCAAAGCUGGCGUUCUUUUCGAAGGCGGUGUUUGGGAUCGGUUGAUAACUUUUCGUCUUGAAGAGCUCGAACGCCGCGAGAAAGGGCCACCAAUGGUUAACCCCAGGUCUGCAGUACUGGAGAAAAUCUUAGAGAAGAGGGCAAGUUCAAGUUCAGAGUCUAGUUAG